AAUGAAAACCAUGUUGGUUGCAAUGAUUAAAUGUAACUUAUCUUAUGUAAACUUUACUGUGAUUCUCCUGUAGUUUGUAGUACCAAUUCGCUUAGAAAGUUUUGGCUAAGUUUGUUCAUAGUAUUGGUUAUAAACAUUUUAAUAAUGUAUUUUCUGCUAUCUGCAGUUUCCGCUUGGCCUGAUGCAUGUGGAGGUGAUGAGGCUCGGCAUCAAAGACACACGGGCUAACCUUGGUUACAACCUCUACGGAAGAGAUGAUUCAAGAGACAGAUGCCAAACUAGCCAAGGAAAGCAUGUAUGCUUAUUGCCAGGCAGGACGUCGCUAGGAGUUGCGACUAUUGCACCUUUACUUCGAGGAGCAGGAUUGCUCGAUCCGGUUGUUUGUUGCAGCGCAAGAGUUACUGGUUUGUGGCCCUUGCUGCCCGGGUUCACUGCCAGUGAAUCCGUUGCCAGUAGCCGCGACGUUCCUGAUGUAGUUGGAGAGGAUGUCGCUGCCAUCGUCCUGCUCCUCAGCCAUGUUCUUCCAGGCGCAGAACAUCACUAGGAGCUGCGCCUAUUGCACCUCUACUUCGAGCAGGAGGAUGGCUCACCCCGGUUGUUUGCUGCAGCGCAAAGUUAUUGGUGUGUGGCCCUCACUGCCCGGGUUCAGUGUCGAUGACUCCGUUGCUGGCAGCUGCGGCAUUCAUGAGGUUGCCGGACAGGACGCCACUGCCAGUGUCGUGCUCCUCGGCCAUGUUCUUCCUCGAGCAGGUUGAGAUUCCAUGGUUGGUUCUUUGAAUAGAGGCAUACCUUGCUUUUUUUCCCCAUGUACUUGUAGUAACUGAAUUACUGGAUACAGAAUGUACCAAACUUGACAAGCUGUUAAAAUUUUGGUGUUCCAUCCCUUACAAA